GCUGUCCGUUUGCAUGUCCAGCUUCUAUCUACUGAUCACAAACGUCCUUCCUCUUUCUCUCCCGCUCUCCCUGGUCAAUAAGCCCACUGUAUUGUCUUCUCCUGCUUGGCUGAGCUGAACAGCUGAUCGUUACAAUCUCCAAGAUUGUGGCCAUUUCAGAAACGCAUUCACCCCGUAUCAGACAUGGAGUCAAACGAGACUGCUGCUUCUAAGCAGACCGAUGAACCUCUACCCACCCAAAACCGCACUUUCAGCCCCGAGGAAAAGGCAUCUCUUGGAUUUGGUCUGGAUACUUCGCUCGCGAUUCAGAAGGAUUUGACCUCAACUCUCAGACAAGACCUCAAGUUUUUCGAACGACAGAUCAUGCGACGUCAGCGAGACAUCGAGCGAGCCGCAGAGCAAGCUGUUCGACUGCACGAGGACAUCACUCGCUGGAAGGGAGAAGAGAAAGAUGCUGGUGAGAGAAUAGCAUACUUGGAGUCGUAUCUCAGAGACCUGCAGGACGUGGAGGUGAAGAUGGAAGUGCUGAGUGCGCAUAUGAAGGGGUGAUUUUUGUAUUGCAUUGGUUGCUCUCUUUCGUGCAUGAUUUGAUAGUCUGAUCGCGCAUACAUCAGACUUUGAUGAAGAUGGAUAGAAAGUAGUAUGUCAAAGAGAUGAGGGAGUACUACCAGGCUUACUUUUGAUAUCCCACAUCUUUGGAAUUUUC